CAUGGCUAAGAUAUUUCAGACUUUUAAGGGGGAGGAUCAUGCUGUAUAUACACACAGAAUGAAAAUCAUAUCAAAAACAAAAGGCCAUGCCCCAAGUUCCUUAGAAGGUUGGAGUUCAAAACGGGGGACUUCUCAAUUUCAAUUUAAAAAGUCCUCGUUCUUUCAAUCAAUGCUGUGUAAUUCUCAAAGUGACCACUGGAUGGCAGAUGACGCGUGAGAGCUGUGGCAGAAGGACAGAGGAAAAUGGGUGGCAGAAAGAGAGUAAAAGUGGGGUAUACAGAUUGGUUCUUUAGUCUCUAGUCUCUGCCAAGUGGUGGCUUCAGCCUAUCCUGCUGCCAGCAUGCGGACCCUGACAGAGUACCCCCAAAACAAAGUGGUCCUCAACAGAAAAAAAGCUUGCCCACCCCUGACAUCAGACACCUCAGGGUGUCUUUCUUGCAGAAGACAGGAUGAGGUAGAAACAUGCGGCAAAACUGGCACCAAUGUCUUCAUUUCAUUCUGCUCUCUCACUUGGCUUGGAAACAGAAAUGGUAGAGAGAGAGAAACUAGGGAGAGUGUGAGACUCUCCAUUCUCCUGGGUCUCUUUUGCAGAAGGGGGGAAAAGGCAGGUCCCGGAAGGAGGUAACAUUGAUUGUUCCCUCACACCAGGACUUCCCCACCCCUCGCCCGGCCCCAGGGAUCUUCACACUUCCGUUUGAUCCCCUGCGCUUUUUAUCAUCGGCCAACUAGUCUCGCUUAAACAUUAAUGGAAAAAAUUGCAUGCAGAAAUAUCGCAUCAGAGAUAAGCACAGUAGCAGUCAGGAGCCUCUGUUUUGAAAGUCCUCCAGCAAGGUGAAAAUGCCACAUGGCAACAGCUGGAGAGAGAGAGAGAGAGAGAGAGAGAGAGAGAGAGAGAGAGAAAUGGGUGGCUUAAGCUGGGAUAAAGAACCAUUUUCAGUCCGAGAAUCACAUUCCUUUCUGGGCAACCUUCUGAGGCCGCCCGCUAGUGGUGAGCAGGCCCAGAGACAAAAGGGGGCAGAACACUGGACACAAAUUUUACUUCCAUGUGGUAGGCUACUUUCUGCACACACUUGCCGUCCAGGCAAGCCUUAUCAGGGUUCAUGGGCUCAUGGGCAAAAAGACUCACAGACCAUGUUAAGGAAAGGUGGUGAGGGUGUGUGGGCUGAUGAGAGGCCUGAGGGCCAGAGAGAGAAGCCUGUAGGUCACAUUUGGCCCUUGACCCUGAGAUCCCCCACCAACGUCCCAAGCAGGAUGCUCCACCCCACCCCGAUACAUGCAUGAAUUCUGUAUCAUUCAAAGACUACUUGGGGUUUUCCCCCCUGCCCAUCUCAUCUGCUGGCCAAUCACAGCAGUGGACAGCAAAGUCAAUCACAAACAUGGCUGUGGCCAGCAGGUCCUACCCUUCACCCUUGUCUCCAGUGGGGGCGGGUGCCAGAGAUCUAGGAGGUGGAGCCUCUCAGCCUAGCCUACCUCACAGGGUUGUGACCAGUCAGAUGCUAAGCAACCGUAUUGCUCCUUUCCUUAGGUGUCCACAGUAUCUUUGCAAGUGUUGGGGUGGAACCCAGAGCAAACUGGCGCUGCUUCCAGAGGCUCCCUUGGCAGCCCCACCAGGCCCAGUGGUCACCAACCAGCAUGGAUAUGAGCCAAGGAGGAAGCAAUCUUUGUAGUUCAUGUGUCCCCACUGUUUCUCAGCUAUGGAGCUUGGAGGGUGUGAUAGGAUCCAGCCUAUCGUGAUGCCUGUGUGUGCAGGCUAGAUAAGAGCCAUAAAGCACUUACACUUCAGAGAAUAAUAAAAUACUGGUGGCCACUGAUAUGGACAUUACAUAUUUUUAUGACUCGGAGAAUCAAGGGCAGAAUAAUUCGGUGUUAUUGCCAAGCACCAGGAACCCAGGGAGCUGUGUGGCGUUACUGAUUAACACCCUUCUUAGCAUUAUUUUCCUGAUGUCAGCAUGGCUGAAAGCCGACUCACUAAUAAUCGUUCAUAUCAAUACCAGUAAAGCAUCAUGGAAACUGCAGCGGUUACUGUGCAGCCAGAGAUGAGCGCAGCAAGAUCUCAUUCUCCCUGCAAAUGCUUGUUGGAAAGAGAAAGUUCCUCUCCUGGGGGAGCUGAAGAAGGAACAGACCAGGGCAAAUCUCUGAAAACAGCGGAAGGAAUGCAAAACACAGAUCCUCCUGAAGAAGAAAUGCAAAAUACAGGUGAUGUGGGACACAUGGUUGGAAUUUCAGGCUCAGAGGGCGCAGCCUCUCCUGCGGGACGACCUGGCCUAGGUGCCCCAAAUCAACCGGCUCUGGACAUGAACCCGCCCAACUCUUUCCCUCCAGCCUUUUGGGUAGCGACUCCUCUAGACAGCCCUGCAGAGAAAGUGAACCUUGGAUGCUCCUCUGCAGUCCCAGCCGCAGACACAGACUGUGUCAUCUGCUUUAACCGGUACAGUCUUAGCAGACUGCCAAAACUUCUGGCUUGCCAGCAUGUCUUCUGCGCCGUCUGCCUGAAGCUUAUCCUGAGGAACGACGGGAAGACGUGGGAAAUUGUUUGCCCCAUCUGCCGAAAAGCCACCUCCGUCUUUGGGGGCCUUAUCUGCAGCCUCCGCGAUAAGGAGGAAGCCGUUCUUGAGCCCUUGCCAAACCCUGGCUGGAAUGCAGAGGGUCUCUUUCCUCUGGAUGCUCGGAGAGGGAAGCUGCUGGCUCGUGGCACUUUCCACGUCAACCCAGAUGAUGGCGGCAGCAGCGAUAAUGUCAGGGUGGCUGCCAAGAGGCUGGUCUUCCUUCUGCUGCUCUCAGCCCUGCUUGCGGCCCUCAUUCUACCCAUCUUGGAUCAGGGGCUGCUGAAGUGGGCCAUCUGCAUCGCCAUGGGCUUGGGGCUGGCCUUAGCUGGGGUGCUUUGCUUCAACCCAAAGUGGAGGUGCAGCAGCCUCUGUGGUUCUCUCCCGUCCUGGAGAAUGAGAGCGAGUCACAUCACCUCUGUCGCCUGAAAGUUCCCCACACUGCAAUGAUUAAACUAUGGAACCUUCUUCCACAAGAGGUAGGGUUGGUCACCAACAUGGAUGGCUUUAACCUGGACCCACUUGACCCGUGCGAUCGCCUUACUCCAUAUAAGCCCACUCGACCAUUUCAAUCUACAGAACUGGCAUUGUUGCAGGUGCCACCUAAUACUUGUUUUACCUUUGUAAGAAAUCAUUUAGCGUGGCAAAAUGGAACUCCCUGCCUGUUGACAUCAAGCAGGAGCCUUCACUGUACGCUUUUCAGCUCCUGCUAAAAACAUUUUUGAUUAGACAAGUCUACCCAGAUACCUAGAAUGUCAAAAUGUGUUUUAAUCUGUUUUUAGCUCGUUGGUGAUUUUAUUUUUGGAUGUUCUGUUUUUAACUUUUUGACUGAUAAUCUUAUUGUUUUAUUCUUUUUGUACACCACUUUGCUUGUUUUUACAAUUAAGAGGUAUAUGGAUUUUAUGAGAAAUAACAGAGCACCAGCCAAAUUCUUGGAGGAUUAAGGCUCCCAAUGACUGUGUUCCACCUCCAUUGCCAGAGGCUGCUGGGAAUUACACUCAUGCCCUCAUUGCAGGCUUCCCUUAAUGGGGUGGGGCUGAUAGUCCAGAACGAGGGCACUAGGCUGGGGAUAGCUGGUAUGCAAGGCCUACUGGGAGCUUCUCGAAUGGCAGUUAAACUGCCACAGUUGCUCACCGUUGCCAUGGUGCUGGCAGGUUCCAGCUUUUGUAUGCAGAGCAACAGCAUCCCAAAGUGGUCAGCUACGAUUGGUCUUCUGGCGGCCAUUCCAUUCAAGCCCAUUGGGACUUUAGGCCAAUGGGGGUCUCGGCCAUGUAUCGGAAGCAAGUUGAUUGGUUGUGGGCUACCAGCUGCAGGGAAUAUAAGGCAAGGAUCAGUGCCGUUUGGAGGUCAGUUGAACAGUCCUAGGAGGGCUGUGAAGAAGUUCAGCGAGGGACUUAAGAAGACUCUGGAAGAGGGAAGCGGAGGAGCCUGAAGCCAGGAAGGUCUGUGAGAGAGGAGAGGAGGUCUCCUGUAAUAGGUUUGGGGAAGAAUGGAGCCCAGUGAAUCAGCUGUUAGGCAAGUCAUCUGAAGAAGCUCCUGACCAGAGUGAAGACUCCUGGUGGUGACCUCAGGGAAGCCUGCCAGAUAACUGAGGGGAAGUGAACCUGACCAAACUUCAAGUGAAGAACUCCAAACAUAUUUGAAUUAACUGAGGUAGAGUUGGGAAUGGUACCUGGUUAUUGCAUAGUAGUACCUGCGCCUCUAUGGACUACAACUCCAUUGAGACCUGGCCAUAUUGGCUGGGGCUGUGGGAGUUGGAUUCCAAAAACAUUUGGAGGGUCAAAUAUUUUCCAUUCCUGGCUGAAAAGGAACAGCAGCAGACACCUAGCCAUCUUCUUAAAGCAACACCAGCAUUGUUGUAACAUCUAUUUAAGGCAGGCAAUAACAUAUUGCAUCUGAUGUUUAAACCACAUUUACUUACCAGCAAGUAUAAUCUCAUU